UGGAUGCAUGAGAUUUGAAAAACGAAACCUACUCCCAUUUGCGCCCAUCGCGGUUAGCCUUGCUAUCGGCCACGAAUAUGCCAAGAAGUACCUGUGUCUGCUGAAGAGUAUAGAUCUCCACAAUCUGCCCGAAUCAUCGUCUUGCGUCUUCGUAAUUGUGCGUGCGUGUGCCCUUGGAGCACCAUGAUGGACGCGCCGAUUUGGGAACAGUAGCCAUCAUGGUACAUCGGUACUCACAUGACAGAUGAGUCGGGAGGCGUUUUUAAACGUUUCCUGUAAUUUCACCCUACAUCAAUCCUUAUCGAGUGUGAGCUAAAGAGCCGCGGGUUAUAGCAGCAUGCAUGUCCACGAUGUUUUGAUUGUCGGCGCUGGACCAGCUGGUCUAGCAGUGGCAGCACGACUGCGCGAACAUACCCCAUCGGCCACCUUUACUGAUGAUGAACACCAGCGCUACCACUGGAUCAAAAAGCAUGGACGAAAGAUGAACAUCAAGAACUAUCGAAAGAACCAGGACUCUAUGCCCUCGCCCCCUUCAACACCAGGCACAUCUGACUGCGGGUGCGAACAGCUGGUUCUAUCGGAAGAAGCAACAGAUAUGUUGGUUCUCGAUGCCGAUGGAGCAUAUUGGAUGUCCAAAUGGAAGCGGCUCUUCAAGACAUUUCACAUAGACUACCUCCGGAGUCCAAUGUUCUUCCACGUGGAUCCCGCCGACCGAGACGCACUGCUCGCAUACACUUACGAGAAGGAAAGAGAAAAAGACAUUCAAGCUCUACCUGGUAUUGCGGGCAAAGAGGUCAGCAAGCAUAAGAAGAAGAAGAAGCUCAAACAAGGAAGGUUUCUAGGCGGUACACCAGACGUUGAUGAGCGAGAUCGAAAAGACUACUUUGUGCCGCGAAUGGACUUAUUCGACGCACACUGCGACGAGGUCGUUCGAAGGUAUCGCCUUGGCAACGAAAUGCUUCGUCAUGAAAGCGUGACGAGUAUCGAGUAUGACGAGGUGGCCAAAUUUGCGGAUGCUGAGCAUGACAGCGUCAUAUCUGAUGAUGGCUCUGGAGAUGAUAGAAAGAUAUUCCGCGUCACAACCAACCAAGGCGUGCGAUUUGCACACAUUGUCAUUCUCGCGAUAGGUCCUGGAAAUGCACCAUCAAUACCUCCAGUACCUGGACUGCCGAGCAUACGCCCGCAUGAAGGCUUCUCGCACGCAAUGCAAAUCAAGCAAUUCCCAGCGCCACAUGUAGCAGCAAAGAUCAAGGCGCGUCAGUACUCUAGCAUGCUGAUCGUAGGAGGCGGCCUUACAAGUAUUCAGCUAGCCGAUCUAGCUCUCAAGCGGGGGGUAAACAAGGUGUGGAUGCUCAUGCGUGGACCGCUCAAGGUCAAAUACUUUGACGUAGACCUUGACUGGGUUGGCAAAUUCAGAAACUUCAACCAGGCUGCAUUUUGGACCGCAGAUACAGAUGAAGAACGAUGGGGGAUGAUGAUGCAAGCCCGAAACGGCGGCAGCAUGACGCCUCGAUACCGCAAGAUCCUAGAUGCGCACAUCGCUCAUGGUAAAAUUGCUCUGCACACCUAUACGACGCUUGAAUCGGUAUCCUGGGAUCCUUGCUCCAAGACAUGGACGUGCGAGACGUCUUCGGACGAGGUCAAGCUCCCAGCACUAGACUACAUUGUCUUUGCAACGGGCAUCCAAUCCGAUAUCCGUACCAUACCUUUUCUCCAAACCAUCCAGAAACAGUACCCUAUCAAGUACGUCGGUGGUCUGCCGUGCUUGAACGACGACCUCAUGUGGGACGACGAUGUGCCGCUGUUUGUCACUGGAAGACUCGCAGGACUUCGACUUGGGCCUGGAGCACCGAAUCUGGUUGGGGCACGAGUCGGCGCAGAGAGAAUUGCGUGGAAUGUCGAUGAUGUGUUGAAGAAGCUGGGCAGAUCACGACGUGACGUACAGGACCAGAGCGAUAGCGAUAGUGGAAAUGAAAAGUUAGAGUCGUAUGCUGCGGCUAGGAAUAACCGGUUUGGUAGUCUGGUUGAGAUGGACGAAUGA